GAGAGAUUCACGCACACGAGUAGGAGGACGCCGUUGGAAGCGCGUUACAUUGAACCAUCCAACGGAGAGCGGACACUCGUACGGCGACCGCGAACGUGAUAACUCCUUUCCUGUUCCUGUUUCUUCCCAAAGGAACACGAAGAAUAAUUCUUUUUGAACUUUCGACGAAAGUGUUCAUUUUCUUGAACAAAACUUCGAUAUCACACAGUGGGAACAUUCCGGCACAUCGAUUAUUUUUUUCAAGAGGAUUUGGAGCAUCAGAAACGAAGCCGAUGAUCGGUGUUUUCAACUAAAAUUGACACACAAGAGCGUCCCUAAUUAACAUACCGAUCGGUACCUUCAACGACUAUAGAGAGAGAGAAGGAGGGGAAGGGAUUAAAUCCACAAACAAGGGACACAUAUAUCAAUGACAAGCGGAAGAUCAUCGAUACAUAGGUCGACCCGAUGUACUUCGAAAUCCAUUGGCCGAGAUCCAAUGAAGAAUUCAGUGUGGGAAAAUGUGGAAGUAUGAAACUGCCGAGUGGAUUUCCAGUUUAUACGGACCACCACCACUCGUGUCACGUUUCGAGAGUCAUUAAGGAAAAAAAAUGGGGGCCAACCAAUCGAACAGAAGCGUACCUACUCCAGGAGAAGAAGAAAGAAGAAAAAGAAGAAGAGGAAGAAGAAGAGGAAGAAGAAGAUAUACGUUUUCAUGUGAAUUUCGAUCACUUUGAAAUUCUACGUGCCAUAGGCAAAGGAAGUUUCGGAAAGGUUUGCAUAGUGCAAAAGAGAGACCGUACAGGCAACAUGUAUGCGAUGAAAUAUGUCCACAAAGGAGAGUGUGCGGAGAGAGGAGCAUUAAAAAAUGUCGCGAGAGAGGUCGAAAUUCUUUCCAAAUUGGAACAUCCGUGUCUGGUGAAUCUGUGGUUCAGUUUCCAAGAUAAACAUGUUUGUGCAGACGUAUCAACAUCAAUAACAAUUUCGUUUUCCCUCUCAGACGAAGAGGACCUGUUUAUGGUAUCGGAUUUGUUGUUGGGUGGCGACUUGCGGUAUCACAUACAACAGAAAAUCGAAUUCUCCGAGGAAAGCAUAGUUCUUUUCGUCGCAGAGAUCGCUCUCGCUCUCGACUAUCUACAAAGUCAUAAGAUUGUUCAUAGAGACAUCAAACCUGACAAUAUCCUGUUGGACGAGGAGGGGCAUGCACGCGUGACGGACUUCAAUAUUGCCACUGAAUUGGAGGAUGGACAAUUGGCAACUUCGAUGUCAGGCACGAAGCCGUACAUAGCGCCAGAGAUUUACAUGUGCUCGUGCGAGGAAUACGGUGUCCUUGGCUAUGGAUUUGCCGUCGAUUGGUGGAGUUUGGGAAUUCUCGCUUGGGAGACUUUGGCCGGUGAACGUCCUUAUCCUCUUCACUCAACGACUUCUUACAGAGAGGCUCUGAGGAUUUUGCAGGAAGAAAGGGGAAAGCCAUCUCACUGGAGUUCUGCAAUAUGCGACCUCUUAGACAGAUUGUUAACUUUAGCACCAGGUGCUAGGGUCUCGACUUUAAAGGAACUCAAGCAGAUUGCAGUGAUAAGAAGUUUGGACUUUGAUAAAAUAUUGAACAAACAGAUAAAACCACCCUUUGCGCCACCAAAGGAUCAUCUCAAUUGCGAUCCCACGUUCGAACUCGAGGAGAUGAUUAUCGAGGCGAAGCCAUUGCAUAAGAAAAAAAAACGUUUGACCAAACAAAGAUCCAUCAGAGCCGAGUCGACGGCAGACGAUGCUGUGAAAUUUGCGGAAGGUGACGGUAUGGAUCUAAGAAGAUUGGCCUUUAUCCCAGAAUAUCGCGUGUACAAUCGUGAAAGAGAAAUGGAGAAAUUGGAGAGGGAACGAAAGGAGAAACAAUGGGAGGAGGAACUGAACACUGCCAUGAUGGGUGCCGAUGAGACGCCAAACAGGAAAGAAGAACAGCAACAGCAAGAGCAAGAGCAACGGCAAGAGCAACGGCAAGAGCAACGGCAACAGCAACAACAACAGAAAGCACAGAAAAGCGGGAACAGAUUGAACGUCUCGAACGUGAAAGCUCGAAUCAGUGCUUCUCCUAGACUUAAUCGAAGGGCGAGCACUGCGACGUCCUCCGACAUCGAUUACAUCGAUGCCAGCCCUGAACCAUCUACAUCUUAAUUAAUUCAAUCAUUUUUUACAGGAAUCUUAUAAAACAACAGUGUCUAUAAAAUAUAAAUCGUGAUCGAUCGGUCGAUCACAUAACAAUUACCAUUAUCGAUCAAUAUAUUCCAUAGCUUUGCGUAAAGAUGAUCGUGCAAAAAACGCUGUAAUAUUAAUUUAAAGUAGAUACUGAUUAGGUUUGCAUUUUGAAUAGUAGAUCUUUUAGAGAAAAUAAAUAAUAGGGAUCAUUAGUAGAGACGCCGAAAGAUUAUGAAAGAUGUUUAUAGAAUCGAUCCACGCGUUAUAUACGCCAAGUGGAAAAGAUUUCUUUCCAGAAUUUAUUUAACGAAACGAUUAAAUCUCGUGUAAAUACACUUUGCCGAUUCAUCGUUUCCUUUCCAAAAAGUUCCUUAUUACUUAUAGUUUAACGUUACUCCGUCGCGUUGUUAAAAAAUUCCUCGAGUGCAUUGUCAGGAAUAACAAACAAAAUCAUUUUCGGUAAAAGAUAUCACGUUCGUAAAAGAUAAAUGCGAUCCGUGAUAUGAGAAAUAUGGCAGACAGGAUUCGUAAAGUGAUCGGAACGGAAGAAAAAUCUCCGCUCUCUUCUAUAAUUGGAAUUGAUGGAUCGAAUGCAGACCACGUUUUGUCCGAGAAUCGUCAAGUAAUCGAUAAGAACGGCGCCUAGUCGACUAAACGAAACAACACAAAGAAUCUUUUCUCGAUUUUCUUCUCCCACUUGCGUUCACAAAACGCUUCGUUUUAUAAACGUACAAAUUAUAAAAAUCCUUUUACAAUAAUCAACGUACUUUUUGAAUGAUAAUACUUUUUAUUCUUUUCAAAGUUUUUAAACACAAUUAUUAUUUUUCUUUCUCUCCGAGUAUUUAUACAUUUAUCAAGCUUAUUUCUAGUCAAAAUCGCAAAAUACAUAUGUAUGUAAAGUAUGUAUAAAAUAGAUUGCUGUCGUUAAUAAUUACGUUGAAUUAUUCAUCAUUGUAUAUAAAUGCAUACGUAUAAAAUAGGGGAAAAAAAUAUAAUGUGUUAUAACAAUAAAAAAAGUAACAAGUGAAGAAAAGAAGAAAAAAAAAAAAAAAGGAUAUUUUCUUUAUACGUAGAAUUUGUAUACAUUGUGACAAUUAUAAAAACAUAGUAUGUUAAUAUAUUAAUAAAAGUAAAUAUCAACGUGAUGCAUUACAACUAUAUCUUAAAGACAACAAAUAAUAAUUAUUAAUAUCACAAAAUAUUGUCAUAAUAGACCUACUUGUGCUCAUUGACAAACACGCAAAAUCAAGUUUACAUCUUUUUUGUAUAUCGUAUGUAUAUGUUAUGUAAAAAAUGAAGGCCCACCAGUACGUGUCUAAAAGCGAUUUUGCUAUAUCAUGGAAGCAUAUUUCUCUAAGAUUAGAUUUCAAAAGUGUUACAUCUUUCCUGUGAAAAUAUUCGUUCAGAAAAAUCAAGUAUUUCCUUUCUUCUUACAUAAGUGACAAAAAUGCAACUUCUUAUUUCCGCAUGUACCAGUUAAUGUAUAAACUAAUGCAGCAACUAUUGUCGUCAUUCGAUAAAUGUCACAACUUAUUAUCGCAGAUACGAGUCCUAUCUAAUAUUAAUUGAGCCUUGGCUCUCCCAACAACUCAGAAAAAUAAUUUAAAUCUAUUCUCUAUCUUUAAGUAUUCUUUACGUGAUCACAGUAAAUUUAUAUAUAGAAAAUAAAGAUUAAGAAAUUUUACAUUAGAUCGUUCAGAUGAGUAAUUCAAAUAAGAACAAAAUGGAUUAACUUAAUAACAAAAUAAUACAUAGCUUUUACUUGCAUAAAUAAUAUGCAUAAUAAAUAAUAAAUUAAAAAAAGUUUACUUGCAAAUCCAACGAUAAAUCAUUAAGUAUUUAUAUUUCACAUAAAGCUGAUUCAGACUUAUAUAUAAUCUUUAACUCGAAAUUUACCAUUAAAUUCAAUCGAAUUAUUAAGUAAUAUAUAAUAAUAUAUUUUGAAGUCAUCACAGUAUAAUAAUCAUACGAGGGAUCUUUAACAUCUUCCUAUUAUCAACUUUCGUUAAUUAAAGAUACGUUAGAAAAAUAUUCUUUCGUAGAACAAUAUAACGAAUUUAAAUCUAAUUUCUGAUUUCAGUUAUUAUUGCGAUAGAAAGCAAAAUAUUCUUUUUUUCUUUCAUAAACUUAUAUAACGUCUUUCAAAUGAUUUCUGCUUUAUAUACGGCAGUCGUCCUCGUCGAAAUAAAUUUACUUAUAAAAUAUUUGUUAAUAAAGUAAACAUUUCCAAGUCUUAUUUAUACAGCCGA